GGCUGGUGGCCCAAAGCAAGCAUGCUAGGCUUCCCAGUAACGCUGGUCUUCCCAUGGGAAGAGCUGUAGUGCUCUGCUUUAUUCUCUUAAUCUUACGGAAAGCAUCUCUAGAUGUUCAUCUCUCUGUCAUCAUCCCCGAGAUACCUUAGUGACACAGAAUUAUCACAAUCACAGAUCCUGAUUCAGGUAUUCUUUCCAUGUUGGUAGAACACCAUAAGUCCCAUGUUCUCUAUGAGCUGCCAUGGCACUGCUGUGUUAUGGAUGUUACUCACUCUGCUGUAUCUAUUGCUGUCAGAUUUGAUUGUCCUCAUCAAACCAAUCAGCUGACAAAUAGACUGUAUUGCCUUGAACGUCAGAGUAGAUUUUUCUAACUAGGUCUAGCUACUGAGCAUAUGCAGGAGCCAGAAUAGCAGUUGCCUGCCUUUAUUUCAUCCUCCUCCUCUGACAAAGCUAAACUAGCUGAUGCUCCCUACCCAACAUGAUCGUUCAGGCUUUUUAGCAUCCUCUAUUCAAACAACUUCUAACUCUUGUAAAGAGAAAUUGUAACCCCUUCUAGACUGCUGGGUGGGGAUGAUGGAGAGGAAUUACCCCAGGUGGGCAGACCCUUGCACAUAUAUGACUCAAUGGAUAUCAUGUAUUACCAAGAUAUAUAAUCCCUGGAUAUCUUCAAAUAUGUGCCUUUCUGACCAUGAACAAGCACAGAACAGCAUUCUUGUGACACUCUAGGCUAUACAUCUAGAAAGAAGUGUAAAUUCAUCAGUAUCCACUAAAGAAGAGUCUGCUGUCUGUUGAAAUGUGCUAGCAUUGCUGGCUCUCCACUGAUCUGCAGCAGAGCUCCUUGGUGUACAAAAAGUCUUAAUGAUACCAAGUCCUGAUGACCAUCACUCUUAUACCAGGACAGUGGCAGAUCUAGCUCAGCAUGGCAAAGUUUUGUUUUGGGAUCUGAGUGACUCAGAGAGGGGGACACUUCCCAGGGAUACCCAAUGCUGAAGGACAUGAGGGCACUGUAGUGCUGUGAGAUAUGAUGUUUUCUUCACACAGACAGAUUUAAAUCAGUCAUGAGAUUUGGGCUGAGGAAAGAGUAUUUCUUCAGCAGGUACCAACAUGUCUCUGCUUCCUAUAGUUUUAUCCUUUUCUGCAGCAUUGUGCACAGUCCAUUGCCCAGGGACUGUAUGUUCCAAAGCUUGUCCACUGUAUCCACCUAUAUUAAAUGGCCAAAUAAUAGUUAUCAACAUUACUAAUCUAAGAUCACCCACGUAGUUUCACCUACAAAUGCCCAUGAGUCACACUGUCCCACCUCCCACCCCCAACGGGCUGUGUCAUUAAUAUAUCCUAUAUUUGUCCUUUACAUAGUCCAGUCUUGAAGCUUUUGAUCUUUGAUGCUGAAAGUUUAAAUCGGGUGUUGAGAGCUGUUUUGUGAUUACAGAUGUCUAGGGCUGGGGGGAAGGUAAAGGAGAAAUACGUAUUUCUUUCCUUAUUCACCUUUCAUAUACCAUGGCAGGGACUGUACAAAUCUGGUCCUGAUGACCCAGCUAGAAUGUUCCAAUUCUGUUUUUCCUCUCCCUUGAAGGACUGUGGUUCUUCAGCAAAAGGCAAUAGCAGCCAAAACCCUGAAUCCCAGGUUUGUGACCAGCCACCAAGCCGAUACCCACACAGCAAGAGCAGCGCCAGCAGCAGCAGAAAAUGCCAUCUUCUGAUAGACCUGCCCAGAGGAAAAGGAGGAAGAGUAGUUGAAGACAGACAUGGUGUUUGCCUGACUCACAGUUCAAGGAAGACCAGCCAUGGCCACCAACAAAUACACCAUCAGAGCCAAACACAAGCCUUCAGGGGAAUGUGAUCUGACAAGCAGCUGCCACUGCUGAAAACUGUCUUUGUAGAUCCUGACAUCUGGCUUCUUCAGCUGCCAAGUUUGGCCUCCUCCAAGGUGCCGCAGGAUACAAGUUGCUGCAGCAGCCUCCUAAAACUAGGACUAGCACAACAGUUCAUGCUUUUGCUGAAAUGCCAUCUAGAAGAUUUGUAAUUCCUCCAAAAGACUUAGAAAAGUGAUUUACAAAAGUAAAUAAGACCUGAGUGGGAGAAGGGACCUCUGACCGUCCGACAUCAGGCUGGGUCUGGCAAGAGUAGCCACAAGUGUGACACUUCCUGAAAACUGUGCAGACAUGACGGGCUCUGUGCAUUUUGAAGAAGCUUCUGUCCUUCUGCUAAGACAGGGUUUCUGAGCUGGAAGAUGCCUGUCUAAGAUGGAAACCUCUGCUUCAACAGCUGUUGGGAAAAAAGAAGGAAAAGGUGCCGUUCUGGAGGGGAAUGGCUUUACAGAGACGGGGAAGAAACCCACUCCUUUAGCAGCUGCGGGAGCGGCAGUGGCACAAGGAGUGCCGCAGCACAUUUUUCCGGCCUUCCACGCUCCUUUGCCAAUUGACAUGCGCCACCAGGAAGGACGAUACCAUUACGAACCUCACUCUAUCCACGCUAUCCACGGGCCUCCUCCUUUGAGCGGCAGUCCCGUCAUCUCCGACAUCUCCCUCAUCCGCCUGUCUCCACACCCAGCCGGGCCUGGCGAGUCGCCCUUCAGCCCGCCACACCCAUACGUGGCACCCCACAUGGAGCAUUACCUCCGCUCUGUCCACGGCAGCCCCACGCUCUCCGUCAUCUCUGCUGCCAGGGGCCUCAGCCCCGCCGAUGUGGCUCAUGAGCACCUGAAGGAACGAGGUCUCUUCGGGCUGCCCCCACCACCACCGGGAGCCAACCCCGCCGACUACUACCACCAAAUGACGCUGAUGGCCGGCCACCCAAACCCCUACGGGGACCUCCUCAUGCAGGGCGGGGGAGCAGCCAGCACAGCACACCUCCACGAUUACCUCAGCCCCGUUGACGUGUCCCGGUUUUCGAGCCCGCGGGUGACUCCAAGGUUAAGCCGAAAACGAGCCCUGUCUAUCUCCCCACUGUCUGAUGCCAGCAUUGAUCUCCAGACAAUGAUCAGGACCUCCCCAAACUCUCUCGUGGCAUAUAUCAACAACUCCAGAAGCAGUUCAGCGGCGAGUGGCUCCUACGGCCAUUUAUCUGCUGGGACAAUCAGUCCGGCAUUCAGCUUCCCCCACCCCCUUAACCCUGUGACGUACCAGCAGAUCCUGACCCAACAAAGAGGCCUGAGCUCAGCCUUCGGACACACUCCUCCCCUGAUCCAGCCGUCCCCGACCUUCCCCCCACGGCAGCACAUGGCAGUGAUCUCUGUCAACCCACCACCAACACAGAUCAGCAACAACAGCAACUGCAUCUCCGACUCCAGCCAGAGCAAGCAAAGCAGCGAGUCGGCCGUGAGCAGCACCGUCAAUCCAGUAAUUAACAAGCGCAGCAAAGUCAAGACUGAAGUCGAGGGCUUGCCCCCAGUGUCCCCAAACACACAGGAGCAUCUGACAGACCUGAAAGAAGAUCUAGAUAAGGAUGAAUGUAAACAGGAGCCUGAGGUGAUUUAUGAGACUAACUGUCACUGGGAAGGGUGCACAAAGGAAUAUGACACUCAAGAGCAGCUCGUCCAUCACAUCAACAAUGAUCACAUCCAUGGGGAGAAGAAGGAGUUUGUCUGCCGCUGGCAGGACUGCACACGGGAGCAGAAGCCCUUCAAGGCUCAGUACAUGUUGGUGGUGCACAUGCGAAGGCACACAGGAGAGAAGCCGCACAAGUGCACGUUUGAAGGCUGCUCCAAAGCCUAUUCCCGCCUGGAGAACUUAAAGACACACCUGAGAUCCCACACUGGAGAAAAACCCUAUGUCUGUGAACAUGAAGGCUGCAAUAAAGCCUUUUCCAAUGCCUCAGACAGAGCCAAGCACCAGAACAGGACGCAUUCCAAUGAGAAACCCUACGUCUGUAAGAUCCCUGGCUGCACGAAGCGGUACACGGACCCCAGUUCCCUCAGGAAACACGUCAAGACAGUGCACGGACCUGACGCUCACGUCACAAAGAAGCAACGCAAUGAUGUUCACCCAAGGCCACCUCCGCUCAAGGAAAAUGGGGACAAUGAGGCGAGCGCCAAGCAGAGCAACAAGGUUUCAGAGGAGAGCCCUGAGGCCAACAGCACCACAAGGAGCAUGGAGGAUUGCUUACAAGUCAAAACAAUAAAAACGGAGAAUUCUGUGAUGUGUCAGUCCAGUCCUGGUGGCCAGUCGUCAUGCAGCAGUGAGCCGUCACCCCUUGGCAGCACCAACAACAAUGACAGUGGAGUAGAAAUGAACAUACACAGCGGGGGAAGUCUGGGAGAUCUGACGGCGUUGGAUGACAACGCUCCUGUUGUGGACUCAACGGUCUCUUCUGGUAAUUCAGCAGUCAGCCUGCAGCUAAGGAAACACAUGACGACAAUGCAACGACUUGAACAGCUCAAGAAAGAGAAGCUCAAGACAGUUAAGGAUUCCUGCUCAUGGGUGAGCCCAGCUCCACAAGCCAGAAACACCAAGCUGCCUCCCAUCUCAGGAAACGGCUCUGUUCUAGAAAACAGUGGUGGUUCUUCUGCUACGCUGCCUAAUCCCAGAAUAAUGGAGCUGUCUGUCAAUGAGGUUACAAUGCUGAACCAGCUCAAUGAGCGCCGUGACAGUACAACAAGCACCGUCAGCUCUGCCUACACCGUCAGCCGCAGGUCAUCAGGGAUCUCCCCGUACUUCUCCAGCCGCCGUUCCAGCGAGGCUUCGCACCUCGGGCACCGUCCCAAUAACACCAGCUCUGCCGACUCCUAUGACCCGAUUUCGACAGACGCCUCCCGCCGGUCAAGCGAGGCGAGCCAGUGCAGCGGGAUGCCAGGUCUGCUGAACCUCACACCAGCUCAGCACUACAGGCUGAAAGCCAAGUACGCUGCUGCCACAGGGGGCCCUCCUCCGACCCCCCUGCCGAACAUGGAGAGGAUGACCCUGAAGAACAGGAUCUCACUUAUGGAUGGACCAGACCCCACCUUGCCCUCCAUCCGCCUCCCGCCAGGCCCCAGGCGUUGCAGUGAUGGUAACACCUAUGGCUACCCAUCAGCUCCAGCAUUUCCCCACGAGGUGCAGGGCAACUGCAUGAGACGGGCAAGCGACCCAGUGAGGAGACCUGCCGGAGACCCCCAGGCCCUCCCACGAGUUCACCGCUUCAACAGCACCAAUAGCAUGAACCCCUUCCAUCCUCCACACCCCACAGACAGGAGGAAUUUUGGUCUUCAGAGCUACGGGCGCUCAGAUGGGAGCCUACCCCGGCACACCUACUCACCCCGACCACUGAGCAUCAGUGAAAACAUCGCCAUGGAAGCCAUGUCCGGGGAGACAGAGGCGCCCAUUGGAGAUGAUGACAUUGUGCUGCCGGAUGAUGUGGUACAGUACAUCAAGUCCCAGAGCAAUGGGACAGCGGCCGAGAGCACUUCCAUGGGGUACAGCAAUGAGAUGCAGAACUUCCAGGGAGGUGGGAAGCUGCAGCCUCCAGCUUUGCCCAGCCAGCGCAGGAUGGCAGUGGCUGAGGCAAGCAUGAGCCACUUGGGACCCAUGAUGGCAGAGUGUUCCAUGAGUUUUGAUACUUCCUCAGACAUGAAUAAAAAUAACAUGCCUGUCCAGUGGAAUGAAGUCAGCUCAGGUACGGUUGAUAUCAUGUCCAAUCAGUCGAAGCAGCAGUUUUCACAAGGGAACUUAGCGGUGGUGCAGCAGAAGCAGAACUUUGGUCAGUACCAGAACUACAACCAGCAGCAAAUGCAGCUGCCAGACAACGGUAUGAAUGUAACACAGCAGAGCUUUAUGCAAAGAAAUGUGGGCAUGGAUGGGCAGAGGCUAAACUGUAUGCAGCUGCGGCAGCAGCCGAUGAGCCUAGGCCCCGGUAUGAACCCUGAUGUGGGCUUGCACACAGGGUACAACCAACCUCAUCAGAUGCUGAGUCCCAGUGCAAUCAGUGGCAACCCAAAUCAGAUCUCUCCUAAUUGUAGCAACAUGGCAGCAAAGUCUGGACCUCACCUUCACCCUCAGCAAAUGGACAUGACGACCGACCCUUCUUUGAUGGUCAGGAGCAACAGUGAGCGCCCAGUGCUGGGACAGGUCAUGCAUGAACCGAGUCAGCAGAAUUACUCAUCUCAGCCAAGCCACCUGAACUUCCCCAUGGCUCAAGAGACCUUCCAUCAGCCCAUCAUGGCCUCCAAUCAGCCCAGCUUUGAGCCUCAGCAGAGCAUGAUGGGUUCAGCUGCUCAGGCAUAUCCACCCGGUAUGAUGCAGCCUCGUCCUCCGCCCGAGCCAAACCCAGGCAGCAGACCCCGAGGCCUCCGCACCGUCCAGCAGCUGGGGUACAUGAGAACUCCCCAUCCUACAAACACCACCAGCCCAGGCCAGGAGACAACAGAGGCCAUGCAUAAAAGAACCAGUGACAUGUUGCUAGCACCCGCUCAGCAGUGCGCGGAGGGCACGAGGGAGAACAAUUUGAUGUACUAUUACGGUCAAAUCCACAUGUAUGAACAGAACAGCAGCUUCGAUAAUCACGCAGACUGCCGGGUCAGGCAGCAGCAGUGCACACUGAACAGCAAGCCAGCCGCUCUGCCUUCCCCAGGUGCAAACCAGGUGUCCAGCACAGUGGACUCUCAAGGUCUUGAGCCGCCCCAGAUAGAUUUUGAUGCCAUCAUGGAUGAUGGGGACCAUUCGAGCUUGAUGUCGGGAACCCUGAGCCCCAGCAUCCUGCAGAACCUCUCCCAGAACUCCUCUCGCCUGACGACUCCACGAAACUCUCUGACACUGCCCAGCAUACCUGCAGGGAUAAGCAAUAUGGCAAUAGGUGAUAUGAGCUCCAUGCUAACCACGCUGGCGGAAGAGAGUAAAUUUCUAAACAUGAUGUCAUAACAGUAAAGCACAAGGCCUUAGUGCUAUCCAAGGAGCUCUGCGUGAAACAGUUUUAUGAAUGUGCUUUUCAAAAAUAAUCUGUUUCAAUAGAGUAGGGUUUUUUAUAAGUACUAAAUAUAUUAAAGGGAUUCAAAACAAAAAUUUUAAAAAGUCUUUGUACAGAAUUAUGUAAACUAUAUCUAGGCAGUUCAGCACCACAGGGGUGCACCUCUAGUAUUAUUUUUUUGACUUGGUUUCCCAGAGCACUGAAUGGUAUCACCACCAAGCUAGGAAACAGCAUGAGGAUGGUUAGAGAUGAAAGACUCCCUUCCCAGAAGCCCUGUAAAUAGCACUCCCCAUCGUUUUCCAUUAGUUACAUUUGCAAAAAAAUUCCGUUUUCAACCUGCCCCAGAAAGAAAUGGGAGGAUGCAGUUUUGAUUAGAAUAAAAGCCAUACUAUGUAUUCUGCUCUGAUGAGAGUAGGGUUUAGUUACGUCUCCAAACAAGCCCUCUGCCAGCAGUAUUGUUUUAUACCAUAAAUGCCUUUGUACCUUGCAAAGAGCGAAGAUUCCAAACGGCUUCUCAGCAAAGUGCCUUACCAUGCUUUCUUGUUAAGUAGCCAAGGCCUCUCUUCCUUUAAAAAUCAAAUAUAGUGUAUUGCCAGAAGCGUAUAUAAAAUGUACAUUUAUAAAAACAUAGUGGUGUUUCUGAGAAAACAUUGGAAAGACACAUUGAUGAGACACAUAAAAGGUGAAUGCACACUUUGAUCAGAUGUGUUUACAACGUGGUUUAUAUCAUGUGCAGAGUGGAGCAAAGGCCUGGGAACAGCAAUCACUGGGAAAUAAUCCCCUGUGGCAGGAAGGCUCUGGCAUGCAGACUGACACACAUGCAUAACUUUUGCACCUUCUGAGCACAGUGACUUUCUGCGAGGGCCCCACAUGCAUCUUUAAUGUCUUGUAUCCCUGUGCAGCUUUGCAACAGCUUCGUUCUCUGUUGGGUUUUGCAUGCCGAGGCACUCAUAUAAACAAAUGAUGGUGAUGGAGAGAAUUUUAUGAUUGUGUCAGCCCAAUGUGGCAGCAGUGGGGGAGCUGAUUUAUCUGGCCAGGGUUUGUCUGUGUGAUGUACUCAGUGCAGGGCUCUACCUGGGCUCCAUGCACACAACAGGCACGUGGCUGCAUUGAUGUGGGGCCAAGCAUGAGCUAAUACACCCUUCCCCACAAGCAGGCUUGUUGGCAUGCACCCAGUGCUAUAUUAACAUGUUCCAUAGCACAAAAAGAGCUGCUGUAUCCAAAAAAUACACCAUGGUCAACCUGGGUUGUUCAUUUGACUAGUAGACUGCACCUGCAGCCUACAGUGUAGACAUACAUCUGGAUAGUCUCGAAACAGGUCUUUGAGUCAGAAUAGUAGCUUGGUCAGUGAGAAUCUCUUGGAAGUGUCCUUGGGGAAAAGAUGGGAGGAGCAAGGCCUCCUAAAGCCAAAUCCUCCACCAAAAUAUAACUGCUUGUAAUAAUGAUCAGCUGUUUCCAGGAUGGUCCCACCUGGCACUGAAGUUAAUCUUAGUUGCAUUAUUUAUUUUCGCUGUCUUUAGACAAAAGGGUAGAAGCAGUGAGGUGCAUGUACUUGGGAGGAGGCCUUGUUUAGCUUCUGACUGCAUUGGACAGGGACAACGUUUCUCUUCCUGCUCUCAUAGCCUCAAAUACUUUGUACCCCAUAUGUUGAAGGGCAGGGAACAAUUGUAACAUCCCCCCAAGGUUCUUACAGUUUAACUGGGCAAGCAGCUGCAGAGCUUCACCUUUCAUUCCCAUCUCCCCAUCAUAUCAGUGUGAUGUUCUCACUUGCAUCUGAUUCCGUCCCCUGCACAGGACCGGGACAGCCCUAUAAAGGUGCUUUCUGGUGUCUUUUCUUUUGCACGAAUGGAUGUCAGGAUCACUCUUCCCAGCAUGACCAGGGGCUGACAUGACAAUGCCAUGUGCUACCUCCAGGCAAACUUUGUGUUAUCAGAUACACAGCAGUGCAUCUGGCAGCCAUGCUUGGCAGUGGUGGAUUGGUAGCCCUGGGUAUGGCUGGUGCAGGGAGAUGCUUCUCAGCAUCCUGCAUUCUCACCUCUCCUCAUCCCAAAUGCAGAGGGUACACACAGGAUGCUCUCACCACCGCCCUUCACCCCUCAGUGGCUGCUGCUGAUGUCCAGGGUGCAUGAGGACAGGAAAGCAAAUCAAGGUGCCUGGCUGUUUAUUUGUGUCUCCUGUGAAAGUUGUGUUUAAAGGGAUUAUUUUAUAGUCUGCUGUAUAUAUUCUCCUGCAGUUACUGACCUUGCCCUUGCCUUUGCAUUUAUGGAAAAAGGGCAGUAAAUGUUUUAGGACAUUGUGUGUUGUCCUGGAUGCUUGGAGUACAACUGGGCAUCCCUUAUGCUGAGAUGGAUCAGGCUUUCGUGUGUCCUUCAACUGCUAAUCUGAUUUUUUUUAACAGCUGCAUAGGGCAACGGUGGCUACUGAGUCCCUCCUCACAGAUAUGUCAUUAGAAAAAGUUCAAAUACAAAAGCAAAACCAAAUCUCCAAUGACUUGAGAUUUUUUGGACUUUCCAGUGGUGGUCUUCCUUCAUUUACAGAAAAAGUAUUAUAAUAACCAUUCCAGCACUGUAUAUAUUAUGUAUAGAAGACAUCAUUACUAAAAGUACUGUAGGUGAAUUGUUCUGUCAAAUUUAUAUCUUAAGAACAUUUUUAGCUGUUUUCUACAUCAUAAGAAUGGAGGUAACAUGCUGAACCUGUAUAUAAACCUUUUGUACAUUAAAAAGUAAUUUUUUUUCAUAA